UGAUUGAAAACAGGAAUGGUUUGGCUCAUGAAGAGAAAAAAACUGAACGUAAUUAUCUGUACUUUAGAUACGAGAUGCUGCUGUUAUUCAGUCUGACGGCCGCUGCGAUCUACUUGGUAGUAAAAUAUUAUCGUGCCAAUAGGCGACCCUUCGUGGAGAAAGCGGAGAAGAUCCCUGGACCGCCAACCCUGCCGCUGAUUGGAAAUGCUCUGGAGUUCGGCACCAGCACCAAACAGUUUUUCGACUAUCUGUUGUGGCUGACUCGGACGCACGGGCCGAUUGCUCGUGUCUGGGUGGGGCCGGUACUGGCUGUCCUUCUAGCUGAUCCCAGAUACAUCGAGGCAGUGCUGGGCAGCAGCAGGAUUAUAGACAAAUCCAUACUUUACAAGUUCGGGGAGCCGUGGCUAGGACAGGGCAUGUUGACCAACACAGGGUCGGUAUGGAGGAGGCAUCGCAAGAUCAUCGUGCCCGCGUUCCACAUCAAGAUCCUGGACAAGUUCGUAAACACGUUCAAUGCAAACUCCAAGAUCCUGCUGGAACGUCUGGAACGGCACGCGGGCGGUCCUGGCUUCGAUAUAUACCCCUACAUGAAUUUCAUCACUCUGGACAUCAUCUGUGAAUCUGCAAUGGGAGUGAAGAUUAAUGCCCAGCUCGACAACUCCUCGGAUUACGUGAACGCUGUGCAGAUUUUGGGCGAUGCCAUGUUCCUUCGUGCAUUCAUGCCGUGGCUUCACCUGGACUCGACUUUCGCCCUCUCGUCUCUGGGUCGGUUGCAAAAGAAGUGUCUUAAGGUCCUUCACGGUAUGACCAAGAGAGUUAUCAGGAGUCGAAAGGCGCAGAUCCUGAACAAUAACGAGACGGAGCCGCGACAGACCGAUUCUGACUCCACAGGGGUGAAGCAAAGAUACGCCUUCCUGGACCUGAUGAUUCAAGCAAUGAAGGACGGCGCCACUCUCACUGACCAAGAGCUGCAGGAAGAAGUGGACACAAUCAUGUUGGCAGGCCACGACACAACAACAUCCGCCCUCAGCUUCAGCUGCUGGUGCCUGGCCGAGCACCCAGACGUCCAGGAAAGGGUAAUUUCGGAGAUAAGAGAUAUAUUUGGCGACUCGACCCGCGACGCGACCUUUCGUGACCUUCAGGAGAUGAAGUACCUGGAGCAGGUCAUCAAGGAGACACUGAGGAUUUUCCCCAGCGUGCCUAUGUUCGGAAGAGUUGUUACCGAGGAUCUGCCCAUGGGUGAGUACAUCCUUCCUGCUGGCACGAAUAUAGGAUUCAACCCUUACAUGUUACACCGGAACCCUGAAUAUUUUCCGGACCCGGAGAAGUUUGAUCCAGACAGAUUCCUGCCGGAAAACUGCCAAGGAAGGCACCCGUACUGCUACAUACCAUUCAGUGCUGGCCCGAGAAACUGUUUAGGCAUGAAGUUCGCUAUGUCAGAGAUGAAGGCGGUGCUGUCAGCUAUACUGAGGAGGUAUAAGAUCUUGCCAGCGAGCCCCCCACACAAGCUGGACCUCACGGUUGUCCUCGUCCUGAAGUCCCUGACAGGAGUUGUACUGAGGCUCCAGCCCCGGAUUCCAGAUGCUGCCACCAGGUGUGCUAAUGAACACUGAACGGGAACGCAGCGGGCCGCUUCAUUAGACACGGGCCAAGUGUUCAGUCACCACAUGAAGGACUGAGCAACAGUUUUUGAAUUUUAAAUAUUUUAUAUUACAGGUAUAAUUCUGUUAUUGAAAUCAAGUGUUUCUUUGCCUUGGAGCGUGUGUGAAAUAAUUAACAAUAGGACAAGAGCUUUUCUG